GAACUUUUCUUCGAAAGAUGCCGUCGGAUGCACUAGUAUGCACAGACACGGUGACUCAUCAGACUAACCUUCUUCGCCUGGGUCUUGUUAGAACUCAAGACUUCAUGGACGCGCUCCUUCCCAUCACGUUCAGGAGGUGUUGGUUUGAUAGCGAGCCAUCAUUUGCUGCGUAAGGAUCGCUUCGCAGCCCAACAGGGCGGCCAUAAAUACGUAUCGCACGAUGCACCUCUCGGGGUUAGCUUUCCAGCAUGUACCCCACUGCCCAACUUGCUAGAAGCCCUCUUUACCAGCGCCGUCCUGAGGGCUUGACUCUCGACGAGAGAAUCCGGCUAUCAUACGAACGCGCCCAAUCAGUCGGACGGCUUUACGGCCUGACUGCUCACGAUGUUUUAACGCUGUCGCCACGAUUCUGGAAGCUGCACACGGAUCCUAUCUUCGCUCUGGACGGUGCCGCCAUGACCCUGAAUACUCUGCAGUACAAUUGUUGUGCAGGCACUCUGGCUAUGUUUGCGCGGAGUCAACCUGACCUUGUUCCAAUUCUACAACAGGUCCUUAAUUUCGAUGUCUCAGGUCAAUACUUGUUGACGGAGGUUGGUCACGGCUUGGAUGCAAUCCAUCUCGAGACAACGGCGACUCUGCUGCCAAAUGGCGAGUUUGAACUGAAUACCCCUACAGAGAGUGCUGCGAAGUUCAUGCCACCUACUACUCCCAUGGGUAUUCCUUGCGUCGCAGUGGUCUUCGCGAGAGCCAUAGUAGAAGGAAGUGAUCAUGGCAUCAAGCCGUUUAUUGUUCACCUUCAUGACGGGAAGAAUAUGGAACCCGGAGUCGUUUCCAAACUUAUACCUCCGCGUGGAGGGUCACGUCCUGUCAAUCACUCCAUCACUUCCUUUCACCGUGUCCGCCUGCAAUAUUCAGCUCUACUCGGACCUCUAAACAAGCCCGAGGAUCCUCGCACGGCCUUCUUCCACAACAUCUCCCGCGUCGCAGUCGGGUCCAUUGCCAUCGCCUCUUUUAGUAUCCCCGUUCUCCGCGUGGCAACUUUCAUUGCUGGUCAUUAUAGCCUGCGUCGAACGGUCGUUGACCAUCAGGAAGAGAAUUCGAAGAGGCCUAUCAUUUCAUUUCGUACGCAGAAGAUUCCGAUAACUACUGCGCUGGCGCAAUCGUUCGUCUUGCCUGCAUUUCACGACGAGGCAACCUCGAUAUUCCGCGAUAUGUCGUUCGAUCCCCGCGUGCGCCAUGCAAUCGCGUCUAUAUUCAAGGUCACUACUGUUCAGCAUACUCUGGCGUCGACCUUGGUAUUAGGAGACCGCUGUGGAGCUCAGGGGCUAUUCGAAGCGAACCAGAUUACUGCAAUGAACGCCGAUAUUCGAGGAGCUUCAAUCGCCGAGGGAGACCUAUUGGCUCUUUCAAUUAGAUUCGCGUCAGAGCUUUUGUUAGGACGUUACACCAUCCCCGGCUCUAGAAAUCCAGACAGCCUCCUCGCACGGCGCGAGUCUGGCCUGUUCGACGAGCUGCGCCGUUCUCUGGCUUCUAUGAAGCAUCAUCGCAGCCCAGACUUCGAUCGCCUUAUCCUUCCCGAAUGCACUAAUCUCAUCCAAGCAAUCGGUCACCGCAUGGCCUACGAUGCCGCUGUCGCAAGGUCGGUCGAUUCCGUCUUAAUCGAUCUCUACGUUGCGAGCUGUGUGAAGCUCGACUCCGCCUGGUACGUGGAGAAGGCUAUGUUGUCGAGGUACGAGCAGCGCGAAAUAGAGAAUAAGGCGGUAGAUGUUGUCUAUGGACGGAUCGAGGAGUUCCUGGCUAAGUUGGAGGUUGAUGCGUAUGUCACUGCGCCAAUUAUUUCGGAAAAGGAAUGGAGUCGGUACGUCGAAGGGAUGAAGACGUUUAGGAGAGAUGAAGCCACCGUAUUCGGCCAUGGUAGAGCGAUUGGCACCCUUCACCCUGCAGAUACGUAUGUUAACGGCUCUCAUGCUCAGUUCAGGAGCCGUCUGUAAUGUAGUUUCGUUGUUUAGAAGUUCUUUUUUUGUACGAUUGCGGGAUAGAGUAUUCGUAAUAUAUUGUAUUUUUCUA